UUCACAUCUGCUCCACCUGCUACUGCACCAACAGGACUGGAGGAGCCACCUUGAAUCACUGCCAGCCUCUCUGGUGUCUGCACUUCAGCGUGGUAACAGUCUGGGAUGCAAAGCAGAGGAGCCUAUUUGGAUGUAGAUUGCGGAAGUAACGGCUUUUAAAGCUCUCAGUUGCAUUAUUAAUGGAGCUGUUGACCAGAGAAGAUUGAUGUUUGAAGAUUUUUACUAAAGAGGAAGUGCAAAAGACAAAAUGGAGGAGCUCAAUACUCCAAGCUUCAUGAGACUUCUUUCAGAUGAGAGCACUCAGUCCACCCUGUCAUCUGACUCCUGUGAGUACUAUCAGACUGAGAUAUUUGAUCAGCUGCCCAGCGUCCAGGCCCUCCGGCUCAUUCAGACCCACCAGGGCGGUCCAGAGCCGGGGGGAAACAUCAACCAUAAGCAGCUGCAGAGAGGACCCAGAGACAAGACAAGCACACAGCCACUCAGGAACCUGGUGAUGUGUAUUCAAGGGAAGAGAGAUGCCAGGGACAGGAGAAAAAUGCAAAGAAGCAGUAUUGGUUUCUGGGAGUCGUGGAGGCGGAGCCAGAGCAUCAACAGGAAGAGGGUUUGGGCACAGAUGGGAGGAACUCUAUCCAGCUUGUUGCCAUGGCAGCAAACUCUUCGUGCCAUUGAGGGCCGGUUUGGAAUUGGCGUGAAGUCUUACUUCAUCUUCCUCAGAUAUCUGAUUUACCUGAACCUUCUUCACUGCGCUCUUAUCUCUGGCUUCAUCCUGGGACCAACAGCAUUUUAUGGCAGGGGGAACAAUAGUAUACCUUUGAGAUUUGGAGGCAACGACUCUUUUCUGGAUUUCUUCCUUGGAUCAGGCUACCUGGAACGUUCUCCGGUCUUCUUCGGUUUCUACACUCGAGGUUCCCUGAACAAGCCGUGUCUGAACACACCUCUGCUGUACAUCAUUGGAAUCCUCACCAUCCUCUUCCUCAGCCUCAUCAUGGUGGCUCACAGAACCAUAGUUGGCUACAAGCACACCUGGAUGCUGGGGAAACGUUACAGUACAAACAUGAGCUUCAAGAUCUUCUGUGGUUGGGACUUCACCAUCCAGGACCCGACUGCUGCUACCCUCAAACGCAGCUUCAUCAGGAAUGAUCUCAAGCUGUUCCUAGAUGAGCAGCGCUUUUCCUUGCGUGAGGAGCAAAGGACUCUGGGACAGAAGGUGCUCCUCUACCUGUUUAGGUCUGUCCUCAACCUGCUCGUUCUGUCUCUGCUGGGUGGCGCCUUCGCUCUUAUCUACUACGCCACAAGAGGAUCGCAGAGAGAUAACGAACACUACUGGUUGGUCAGUCUGCUCCUUCAAUACCUUCCUCCCAUCACCAUCACCUUCGUCAACCUGGUUCUCCCUCACAUCUUCCGCAAGAUCUCAUCCUUUGAAGACUACUCCUUCACCACACAGGUCAAUGUCACACUUUUGAGGAGUAUCUUUCUGAAGCUGGCCUCUCUUGGGUUCUACCUUUUCUUCAUCUUUACCACUGAAGAGACUGAGCAUAGUCUUUUCCAAUGCAGGAAGAACAGAUUUGGCAGAGAGAUGUACAAGUUGUGUAUCUUCAACUUCCUUGCCACGUUCUGCAACGCCUUUCUCUUGAACUACCCAAGGAAGCUCGUGCAGGAAUGCUGCCCCUCAUCCCUGCUGGCCCGGUUGAUGGGGAAACAACACUUCCUGAUCCCCUUCAAUGUGUUGGAUCUCGUCUACGGUCAGACAGUGUCCUGGGUGGGAGUGUAUUACUGCCCUCUGCUGCCUCUAAUAGGAAGUGUCACACUUAUGGCCACCUUCUACAUCAAAAAGUUCACAGUCCUCCGGUGCUGUGUAGCAGAGCACAGGAUGUUUCGAGCCUCCAGCUCCUCUGUUUUAUUCCAUUUCAUGUUGCUGCUUGGUCUCCUCAUGGCUGCUGUCACACUGGGGCUGAACCUCCACCAGCAGGAAUUUACAUCCAAAAUUAACAUGUCUUCCUGUGGUCCAUUUGGAAAUGAACAGACUGUGUUUAAUGUGACAGGAGUUUGUGUGGAAAGCCUCCCCACACUGGCACAGAAAACCCUGGGCUACCUGGCCUCUGAGGCCUUCGCUCUGCCGCUCAUACUUGCUGAGGUUAUAAUCUUGACCUCCUAUGUGUCACGGAGUCGAGCCAAUCAGAAGGCCAUCGAGAGGCUGAAGGACAUGCUGGUUAUGAGCAGCUCAGAUAAACGUUUCCUGGUGAAACAACAUGCCACCGUGCUCAGAGGUAAAAGAGACCAUCACAAAGUCCGCUCUGCUGCCAUCCGAGAAGACCCCCCUCAACCCCAGAAUGACUAGUGCUCACCCUGCACAUUGUCUCCAUCUCUACAUCCAUCGACUUUCACUGUCAAAUGUAAAGGACUUUUGUUGCUGUUGGACAACAUCUGCUUUAAUACGAAACUUCAGAGACUCAUGAACUCUCACUUUGUAGUAAUCAUGAAUAUGCAAUAUACAAAGAUAAUAAAUGUGAUAAUGUUUAAUAUAAUAGUUAGUCUUAACUGAACCUUCAUAUAAAACUUUCUAUUUUGUUUUUACCUCUCAAUUCUAUUUUACAGUACUAAAAAUUCUUGUUGCAAAUACAAAUGCAAUGACAUUGUUUUAUUUUUUACUAAUAAUAGGUCUCAGCUGUUAUCAGUCUAUUUUACACUUGUAUCUAUAAAAAUUUGCUAUGUAUUUUUGCCAACAGACAUUCAUCCAUCCAUCUGAGCCAUUGUGAAUGGAGUUCCCUCCAAGUUUGCAAAAAAGUCUGACAUUGAUUAGAUUGGUGGCCAAAAAUUGCACUCGUGUUCACCCCUUGCUUGUGAAUGCCAUGUUUAAUUUUUUUAUUUUGUUUGUUUACAUUUCUUCAAACUUUGCACAGUGAGCCUCACAUUCAUCCCCUGCUCUUCAGGCCAUACAAGGUCAUUGAGCCUCAGGGUCAGCCCUUGCCUUUAACAUUUUUAUGAUUCACAGUACCACAGGAAACACAACAGCCCUUCUUCUUGACUCAUGACUGUUUUUUUCAUUGUCCCAAGAUUGGAUACCUCGGUAGACAGAGAAGGGUCUUAGAAAGAGAGGGGACCAAGAACCCAGUGGUCACUCUGACUGAGCUCCAGAGAUCCUGUGUUGAGAUGGGACAAAGUUAUAGACAGGCAAACAUCACUGCAACCCUGCAGUGAUCUGGGCUUAUGGUAGAGUGGCUAGACGUAAGCCUCAAGGCGGUGCAAAACACAUGAAAGCCACUCUUUCAUGGUUGUUCUUCUUUAACUUUGUCCCAUUUCCACACAAGAUCUCAGGAGCUCAGUCAGAGUGACCAUCAGGUUCUUGAUCACCUCUCUUACUAAGGCCUUUUCCCCCCAGUUGCUCAGAUUGGCCAAGCAACCACCUCUUGGAGUAGUCCUUGUGGUAAAAAGCUUCUACUGUUUGAGAAUUAUGGAGGUCACUGUGCUCUUAGAAGCUUUCAGUGCUUCAGAAAGUUUUUUGUAGCCUCCCCCUUUGCUCUGAUAUGCAUUGUCAGCCAUAACAGCCUUCUAAAGAGAGGCCUGUGUCUUUCCAAAUCAUGAUCAAUCAGUUUAAUUUACCACAGGAGGACUCCAACCAAAGUGUAGAAACAUCUCAGUGAAGAUUGAGAGAAAUAGGAGGAACCUAAACCAGAUUUCUAUUGUUUUUGCAUAGGGUCUGAAUACUUGAAUGAUCUUGAAUACUUUAAUGUGAUAUUUCAGUUUUUUAUUUAAAAAAAAAUCAAUAAAAUAAAUUUAAAAAAAUCUUGUUUCACUUUGUUAUGAUAGGGUACUAGAAGUAGAUUAAUGAAAAUGUUUUUUUUGUUUUGUUUUGUUUUUCACUGUAUAUCUUUGCUAUUUUCAGAGUAUUGUGCUUUAAGCUAAAGUUAACAUUGCCUUUAAUUUUAUUUUGAUAUAAUUUUUCUAUUUAUCUGUAAGCUAUAAAGAUAAAGCAGUGAAGACAAAAUUAUUUAAGA